UGGACGGUCCCACCGCCAGCCUCCUUGAAGCGCAAGUCAAUAUCAACAACAUAACAACAACAUGGCUCCUUCUACCAGGCAAUCGCAAAACAUGGCGCAGAUAGUCGAGUACAUACCAGACCGGCUUUACCUUGCCUCCUACAUCCAGCCUCCCACACCAGACACCCCGUUCCCUUACCCCGAGGAGCCCCAGCCAGCUUCUCCCAAGAAGCGAAGCCAACGAGCUGCUGCGGGUGCGACCCCGCUCGCCGCCAAGUCGAACCGACCGCAGCCAUGCUAUUUUACCGUCGACGAUACUCUUCUGUACAACGCUUUCCACCAUGAUUUUGGCCCUCUGCACAUCGGCCACCUCUACCGAUUCGCCAUCCAAUUCCAUGAUAUCCUAGGCGCAAAGCAAAACAAGGACCGCCCUAUUGUUUUCUGGAGCGCUGCUGACCCUAGAAGUCGCGCGAACGCCGCUUGUAUGCUCGCAUGCUACAUGGUCCUCAUACAGAACUGGCCUCCCCAUCUGGCCCUUGCCCCGAUUGCGCAGGUCGAUCCUCCUCUGAUGCCAUUCCGAGACGCGGGUUACAGUCAAGCCGAUUAUGGCAUUAGCGUUCAAGAUGUUGUCUAUGGUGUGUGGAAGGCCAAGGAAGAAAAGUGCUGCGAUCUAGACAACUUCGAUCUAGACGAAUACGAGCGUUUCGAGAGAGUCGAACAUGGUGAUUUCAACUGGAUCACUCCCCAUUUCCUGGCAUUUGCUUCUCCCCAGCACGCGCCGGUCCAGAAAAUCACAGAGGGAUCCGAUCUGUACCCAUUGCUUCCACGGACGCUAGCCGCCGUGGAUGCCCAUCCCAAGUUGCCAAAGCCCUUCAAGAAUGUGCUGAAGCACUUUUCCGAGAAGAACAUUGGCCUGGUGGUCCGACUUAACUCUCAACUCUACUCCCCCUCGUACUUUGAGGCGCUGGGUAUUCAGCACCUGGACAUGAUCUUUGACGACGGCACAUGCCCCUCGCUCUCGACUGUCCGCAAGUUCAUCAGACUCGCUCACGAGACCAUCACUGUCCGUAAGCAGGGAAUUGCUGUUCAUUGCAAGGCUGGCCUCGGCCGCACAGGUUGUUUGAUUGGUGCCUAUCUCAUUUACCGACACGGUUUCACCGCCAAUGAAGUUAUCUCAUUCAUGCGCUUCAUGCGACCUGGCAUGGUUGUUGGCCCUCAACAGCACUGGCUCCAUUUGAACCAGGGCACAUUCCGCGAAUGGUGGGUUGAAGAGAGAAUUGAGCGCAGACUCAGGAGGGAGAUGGCUGCUGCCAACCCUAUUCCCAGCACCCCCAUUCGUGCCAUGCAAAAGACAACACUUCGAAACGGCCAGGCUUCGACACCCCCCAACCGAAGCCCCUCAAACCGUACUCCGCUGAGUGAAGUCGACCACGACCGCAAUAAUAUUGGGGUCCAGGAAGACUAUUUACCAGCUCCUACCCCGGGCCAACCGCGAAAGACUGCCAGGGAUCGUCAUCACCCUUACCAGCGCUCAACUUCCAACGGGCUCGCUGUUGAAGAGCAGCGCACUAUUGAGCAAGAAGCUGAGUACAUUGCGACGCACAGCCAGGCUCACGGCGGAGAGUCUGACGAGGAGUUGCAUUUGCGCAUGCGCCGUCAUCGUAAGGCGACCUCCCAAUCACCUGCUCGCAGUGAAAAGACACGCUCGGUUAGCCAGACGACAGCUAUCUACACGAUUGACAACGAUGCAUCACACGACGCUGAGAACAUUGGCUCUGUGCGGACCAAGCACGUCGAACGAGUUGCUAGUACCCCUGGCGUUCUGACAAAGGUUCGCGGCAGCAAGCGCCAGGGAGAGUCUCCCCUUCGGGCAAAGGAGUCUGCUGGCAUUCGAAAGACCAGCGGCAGAGUAGGCAGCGCCAAUCAUGGAGCGUCAGUGACGGCAGCUUCGACGGCCCGUAAAGUUUCUGGAGCUUAGAAAGCACCAGCACAGCGAGUCCAGCCGCUUCAGCGUUCUAACGCGAAGCGUAACAGACACUUGUACGAUUCCACGUCACGAUCAUGAUUCACGUACGUCACGGGCAAUGUUAACGUCUCUCAUGCAUUGGCGUUUCUGGCUCAGAAGAGGAUGACGAGCGGUUUAUGUUUGAAUG